UUUGAUCAGUCGACUAAUACUUUUCCAACAGCAGCCCGCUAAGGUGACCAGGGUUAGCCAGAAGGGCAAUACUUUGAUAUGUUUGACACGAUGUUCCACCACUGAGAGGAGAGAUUAUGUUCUCGGAACAAAAUUAUUGAUUCACUAGAUAUAAAUAGAAGGAACUCGGUAGCAUUCCUCGCAUCGUACGCCGCGUGUCCUUGUUGACGGAGGACAGUUGUUGAUAGAGCCUGGAUUUUGAUAUCUCGUCAAGGAUACAACUUGGGAGUGACAGUUUUGAUUGGCAAUUUAGACUGACAUGUGAUUCCCGGGGACCGAUUGAGUGAGUUUUCCUUAGCAUUUGUGCAGCAGUUCACGGUCCAAGCCUACAUGUUUUGAAAUGUUUUCAGCAUUUCAUAAAUAAUACAAUUCAAAGAGUGAAUUUGAUUAGAAAUUCAGGAUACAGAAUUUGAAUGUCUGCUUUGAUAGGGGAUUGCUGGAUUUUGAUUCGAAGAGAAAUCUAUAAGGAUUACUUAGUACAUUACACAAACUAAGAGUGACAGUGAGACAGAUUUGAUCAGAGAGCUUUGGAUUGUUUUCCAGGGUACUAAGUGUGGAUAGAAUGCAAUCAUCAGUCCCUGGAGGAGGGCGUAUUUGUUCACGAUUAUAUGAGUAGUGAGUCGAAUUGGGGCUAAGAACAGAAAUAUUUUGUGAGCCUACUACGGCAAUCAAGUCCACCAGCAUCACCGGCAUCUCCAGCAUCACCGAUAUUUCGAUAUUUUGAUACUUUGUGGUUGUUGCUAAAGCUUAUAUACAUAUGAUGCAAGUUACAGGAAUUAAUAUGUCAUUGGAUUGACAAGGAUUUGAAAAUGCAUGUCUAUUCUACGAUCAAAACAAGGAUAAGUUAUAAAGACUGCCAUUGACAGUUCUGAAGAUAGUAUCAUGAUACCAUGACAGGGAUUUUUGAUAUAGACUAGCAGCGUUGACAAGGAUUUAGAAACACAUCUGAUACCAUUGACAGGCAUUUCGCAAAUACUGUCUUACCAUUGUCGAGGAUUUACAAUUCUCAAUGAUACACUGACAAGGAUUAAGUAAGACUACCACUGACAAGAGAUAAGAGAUAGUAUGAUACCAUGACGGAGAUUUGGGAUCGAGUGUACCAUUGACAGGACUUACGAAGGACUCUGAUCCCUUGGCAAGCAUUUUGAAAACUGAGGUUUGACAUUUUUGACCCGUGAUACUUGGGAUCAGUGGUUUGAACCAACAUGGUUCUCUUGGGAAAGUGAACAUAGACAUACGCGCGAUUGGCAUACAAAUAAGUUAGAAAAAAAUGGAUCUUGGGAUUUUAUCGGUGAGGUUUGAACCUCUGAGACCACAGGCGAGGCGGGGAAAGCAGGGCCGAAAAGAUUUUGGUAAAUAUUACUGCGAAGGCCACUACGAUAAGCACGGCAACUGGAACACGGGCUUCGAAUGCAAGCGAUGGGCCCCGCCGGAGGAGAACGUCCUCUACUGCUGUGGAGACGAUUCGUACCGCUAUUGCUGCCCGCCCGAACCUAACUAUGUGGAACCAACAAUAAGCAUUCCCUUGGUUGCCGGAGUCACCGUUGCCGCUCUCAUCAUCAUAGUCCUUGUGGCACUUAUCAUGUGUUGCUGCUGCAGUAGUUGUGUAAUGUAUAGAAAAAGGGAUAAGAAGGCAAAGAAAGAAGAAAGAGUACCUACCCCUACGACCAGUCUACUCUCGUCCACUACAGCAAACGGUUAUACCGUCACCUACACAGUGUGUCAACCAGAUAUGCACGGGAGUCCAGCAAACUUGCAAAGACCACUACUGGCUGAUGUACACAGCGAGCCAUUCCCCGGCUACUCCGAGGGCUACGAGGAUCUUCCGCCCUAUCCUGGCAAUAGUGGGGUACAGCCAACCAGGAGGAUGAACAACGGAAGCCAGGAUGAUUUGUGUUCUGAAGAUUGCAACAACAGUGAUGAGGAAGAGGAAGUGGGAGACUAUGACAAUGUUUGGGUCCCAAGGAAUAAACCGAGUAAAAAAUGUGUCCGGAUAGUCUUACCCGAACAGGAAUACGACGAAUACGGUAGUUGAUGAUGUGAGUGCGCAUCACGACUAGAAACUAUGGUGCUAUAUAUAUCCUCGAUGGACCUCCAUGUUUAAGGCUUCAGGGAAUGUCGUUGAUAGGAAGAAAUGUUUCCAUGGAAAGCAGAAUCUGUUGUCACGAUAAAUGGCAGCACCUACACCUGCUUUGAAUAUACGGCUGUUGGUGGGGAACCAGACGACCAAUGCUCAAAUAUCACGUGUGUUUUGUGUAUUUCAAAAUGGCGGAUAGGCCUUGUACAGAUGAAGCAGAAAGCCGGCUUCUUGAGGUCUAAUGGCAAAAUAGUCUGCUGUGGGUUUCUCGUCUUUGAUAAGAAUUUGUGACUUUUUGGGUUACAGUCGAUUAGUGGAAUGUGUUUUAUUUGUGCCUUAUUCUGUUCUGGGUUUGUUCGAAAAAUUGGCGAAAGCAAGGAUUAAGAGGGUUGCCUUAUUUCUAACAUAGGCCUUGGAAAUAGCGUGGGGAAGUUACUGCAGGCUGUGAUGAUGUGGAACAUGAACUCGACCAGAAGGACACGGUAAUGUUCAAAUUCGAUGUUACCUUUCGUUAUUCCAUCCUCGUGGGAUUGUCAAAACAGAAUCAGUUAUCAGAUUGUAAAAUUAUCUAAGAAGCAUCUGAGACCCCAAUAUUGGCAAGAGUGGACAUGAUUCGAAGCAUAUUUUUUGCGCUAUCCGCUGGCACCCAAGCAAUUGAAAGGGAGGUCUAAAAAUGCCUGUGUUUCCGGGUUGUUUUUUGUUUGUUUACCAAUACUAUAGGUUGUCAGAAAGACAAACGUUCCUUAUGGCAUACUCUCGUCAGCAUGAGCACCUUGGACGUAUUUUGGGGGAGAAAUGUACAGUUUAAAGGAGACUGCUAAACUUCUAUCAAAAUCAGAAAAGUGGAAAAGCCCUUGGACGGAACCUGGAAUAGUGGCAUUGUGAUCAGUCCGGCUACACACGAUCAAUUGUGAUAUAGCAGAAAAAUAUGCACGACGUAUUCAACCGAAAGAUAGUAGGCCUAGUACUUAGCGAUGACUCCAAUCAUGUAUACCAGUAUAUAAUGACAUCAGAGAGUUAGCUCUGACCUAAGGCGUAUGUUUCUAUUUCUAUAACUGUAUAUAGGCUGUGUACAUUCGGGACGAUUUUGUAUCUUUUUCUUCACAAAUUCAUGCACAGAGGUAGCUUCAGAACGUAUGUAUUCAUAUUAUUCUGCUCAGCGUAUAUCCGAGUUGUAUUUAGUAAAGGUCAAGCAUCACAAGAUAUUUUGAUUUGAUGAAAGCAGGUUUCAAGCACCGCGUGAGGAGUGAAUUAUUCAAAAGCAUAAAAAUUAUAACAGUAUGUGGCUUAUUUCUUCUGAGAAAACUGAAGCAGAUAUAUCGAGGUUUGAGGGAGCAUGCCUUAUUAUUUUAACAAAAAAGCAACCAAACAGGUUUCAGUCGUUUCUCUCGGAUGCCUCCCCUCCGGUUAUUCGAAAAAGCUGGAUCACUGGACACCUGAAUUUACUGGAUUGUGACUCAUGGAUCACUAGCGCCUGGAUGGAUUGCCAAAUCCCUAAUGUUUUUCACUAAGUGCUUCAAGUGCACACACUGACACUGCCAACAUGGAUUCCUCAGUCUCAGGCUAUUCACCAGAAAAAUCGCCGGGCUAUUACCGGCGGUUCUACAAAAACUACAAAGCUGACAGAAGGCUUGCAUUGUAGCUGAAUAACGUUCUAAGUCAAUGUGUGAAUGAUUAUGGGCAUUCGAGUAGACAGUUGUGAUAAUGACAGCAUGAGACUGCAUAUUGCAACAUGUACGGUAGGCCUCCCGGUAGGCCGCGCGUGAGCGUAGGGAUGUGGAACCAAUCUAUAAACACAUGAAUAUCAAAUCGCAUUUUCCGAACGAACCCCUAAUCCAGGCGGUGGUGAUCGUUGAGUCACAAUCCAUUGAAUCCAGCAGUCAAGCGAUCCAGCUUUUUCGAAUACCCCUACCUCUCCCAUCAUAUCACGGUGGUACUUCUUGUUUAACAGGAAGGAAACGUCCAGUGACGAUGGUAUUUGUUAAGUAGAGAGGGCUUAAGAGUGCUGAUGCGACCGAGAUAUAAAGAUAUUGUUGGUGUACGUUUUCCUUGCCGAUUGGAAUUGACCAUCCUCAAUAACAAAAAAGACGCUCACUGGACUCCUCAACAAGUACGGAAUUGGCAACUGUGGCCAUACACCAUAUCGGGUCGUUUAGAUAUAGUCGAUCGAUGGAUACGAUUGUCUCAUUGGGGUCCAUCUUUGACAUUUGGCAAUAUGGAAUAUCUUCGAUAUGUACAUUUGGUUAUCGCUAAUUUGAAUUUAGUGUAUACCAUUUGCUUCGGUUGCAAAUGGCAGUAUGGCAUGUAAAUGUUGGUCGUGUUUUUAGUCUACGCGAUUGCCAUCUGUUUGAAAAGAACGAAACAUUUUCCUUAUAUACAUUUAUAUAUAUAACUAGUCCACCAUUGCCCAUAGUGGCCAUACACUGGGUUCUGAUACUCUGGCACUCGGUUAAUUUCCGAUAUGAUUGGCCAUAAUAGGCGGGUGAAGCAUUAUUGGGCCAUCUUGUAAAGUCUCUGCGGGUACUGCAAGUGGCGAAAUCAGGCAAAAAUUGACGGGCUCUAGAAACUUUAAUGUGACCCACGAGUCAACUCUGCCAUGUAGCUUCGUUUUCGGUUUUUUUCACUAUAAUUUAUACGCAUGUCUUGAAAGAUAAUGUAACUACUGUAACUAUCAUGCAUUAAUAAAGUGAUUUGAAUAUUA